UGUGACGCAGAGUUGCUCCUUUGGAUGGUCCCUGUUUGCUAUUGAGAUGCAAGGUGUUCCUUGGGAACUAGCACUCACACUGCUGUAAGGUGUUGUCCCGCACGAAGGAUGGGCCUCGUCAUCCGUGAAUGAGAAAAGACAAAUUGAGUCUGAGGGCAGUUUCGCCGGUUGGAGAGGAUUCAACUGCCUUGAUUUGGUGGCUGGGGGCCGGAGGAGAACGGAGGCCAGGGUUAAAGAAAGUUUGAUCAUUCUGUGUGAAUACUAUCAUUAACUGCUGAAUUGAAAACAUUUGAAGAGUCUAUAGCCUCGCUGUGAAAAAUUGUGAAGACUUGUGCAACGCUGUUUUACAUUGAAGACACAAUGAACGCCAUUAAAUGUGUUCUUGUGGGUGAUGUAAAGGUGGGAAAAACAUCAUUGCUGGUGAGGUUUACUUCAGAGACUUAUCCAGAUAUGUACAAACCCACAGUUUAUGAUAACACUGGAGUGGAUGUGUUUAUGGAUGGAACGCAGAUCAGCCUGGGACUUUGGGACACGUCAGGAAAUGACUCGUUUCAAGGGAUCCGCCCUCUUUCUUACCAGCAGGCUGAUGUGGUUUUAAUAUGCUAUUCUGUAGCAAACCCUUUGUCAUACUUGAAUGUUAGGAAUAAAUGGGUGCCAGAAGUCAGAAAUUUUUUACCAAAGACUCCAAUAUUGGUGGUUGCCACACAAAUAGAUCAACGAGAUGUGGGUACUUUUCGCACCAUCACAGCUGUUGAUGGUAAAAGACUGGCAAGAGAGGUUAGAGCACAACAUUACCUGGAGUGUUCAGCAAUUACUAAUAGAGGAGUUCAAGAAGUGUUUGAAUGUGGAGUGAGGACUGCUGUUAGAUAUAUAAAAAAACAAAGCAGGAAGAAGAUCAUAGACCUCAAUAACUGUGUGAUAGCCUGACUUCUUCCACUUGACUGAUACGGUAAUUUAAAUUAUUUGACUUCUCAAUCUUCCAACAAUUGCUGAAGAAGCUGUCAUCAAAAAAGAUUCUAGCUGGCUACAUUGAUCGUGGCAUCUGGGCCUUUUUAUACUUUAUCCAUGUGUGCUGUUGGUUCCUUAUCAGUGUGGCUCAGAUUAAUUUCUACUGGAGUAAUGGAUUCCAUUAGGAACGCUAACGAACAAUAUAUAUGGGAGGAACUAAUUUCAGAUUUGACUGACAUAUGGUGUUUGAUCACUAUGGAAAGAUGGCUGCCAAUCAUGUUUAGUGUUAUAAACUGCAUUUGUACGCAUGAACUAUACACAGCACCAUGACAAACAUCUUGACAAAAGAUAGUGUAUCGAUGAGUUACUGGCCAGCAGUCAGAUUUCUGGAUCAUUGAUCUAGGGUCUUGGACUCAAAUCGCACCAUGGCACCAUGGGGAAUUUAAGUUCAAGUUAUGAAAUAAGAAUCUGGAAAUAGUAUCAGUAACCAUGAAACUACUGGAUUGUCAUAAAAAUCCAUCCGGUUCACCAAUGCCUAUCGGGGAAGGAAGUCUGCCAUCCAGAUCCAUCAACGCGGUUGCCCCAGUUCAAGGACAGUAAGCGAUGGACAGUAAAUUUCAGAAUUGCAGUGAUAUUCACAACUUGUGAACAAAUACCUACAAAAAAAACAUUUUGCAUAAAACUAUACGUUUCACUUUCUGUAAAGUGCAGCAAUAGCAGAGAUCCAUACUGAACUACUGGCUAAUUGCUCAUUAUGUUGACUAAUAUUUAAUAAUUUUAUAAUUAUUUUCAUCUUGUUUCACUGAUCUUUGAAAAACAUACAGAAUAACUGGUUUAACAUACACUUUGUAAUAAUAUUCUAUCAGUUUACAGAAUACACAUGA